ACGCGGGACCCGGAAGGCCCUUCCCGCCACACUCCUAGGGCGGCGUGAGGGAGGCCGAUGGCGGAGGAAGUGUCAGAGGCCCCUGCAGAGUGUGGAACUAGCGGAGACUCAGAAUCCAGCGCGCCGGAACGGGGAGUGGCGCCCAUUAAGCCUCAGUAUCUCACCACCAAGGAACAGUUCCAUGAAUUUCUAGACGCCAAAGGGCCAGAGAAGCCCCGUCAGGAAACCGAGGCAGGGAGUGCUGGUGACAACGAUACAGCUGAGCCUGAAGCCAAGCGAUUCCGCGUGGAGGAUGAGCCGAGGGAGGACGGGCAGGAAAAGGCCAUGGCCCAGGGGCAGCCAGACACUGGGGAGCCACAGUCACAGCCACAGGCACCAAAGAGAGCCCGGGGCCAGAACAAGAGCCGGCCCCACCUGAAGCCCACUCACUAUGACACGCACAGGCUCUGCCCUUCUCUGAUCCAGGAAUCAGCAGCCAAGUGCCUUUUUGGGGAGCGUUGCCGCUUCCUGCACGACGUGAGCCGCUACCUGGAGACCAAGCCUGCUGACCUGGGCCCCCGCUGUGUGCUCUUCGACACCUUCGGCCGCUGCCCCUACGGGGUGACCUGCCGUUUUGCUGGGGCCCACCUGGGGCCCGAUGGCCGGAACCUGGUGCGAGAGGCCGAGGUGCAGGCCCCUCCCGUCCGCAACGGCCUGGACAAGGUGCUGCAGCAGCAACUGCGCAAGCGAAAGUUCCGCUUCGAGCGCGCAGAACAGGCCCUGCGCCAGCUCGGCCGGGCCCAGCAGCCGCCUCCUGCAGCAGUCCCCGACUUCAUGGGGACCGAGGGGGCCCUGGGGCCAGACAGCCGUGAUGCAGUGCCGGACUCCUUGGGGAGCGAGGCCACUGCCUCUCUGAGCAGCCCCCAGAGGACCCACGGGCCCCUGACAGAUGAGGACAUUAUCAAGCUUCGGCCCUGUGAGAAAAAGAGGCUGGACCUCAGCGGCAAAUUAUACCUGGCGCCCCUCACCACGUGCGGGAAUCUCCCGUUCCGGCGUAUCUGUAAACGCUUCGGGGCCGACGUGACCUGCGGGGAGAUGGCCAUGUGCACCAGUCUGCUGCAGGGACAGACGUCGGAGUGGGCCCUGCUCAAGCGACACCCCUGUGAGGACAUCUUUGGGGUCCAGCUGGAGGGAGCCUUCCCGGACACCAUGACCAAGUGUGCGGAGCUGCUGAACCGCACCGUGCAGGUGGAUUUUGUGGACAUCAACGUGGGAUGCCCCAUCGACCUGGUGUUCAAGAAGGGCGGAGGCUGCGCCCUCAUGAACCGCUGUGCCAAGUUCCAGCAGAUUGUCCGCGGCAUGAACCAGGUGCUGGACGUUCCGGUGACCGUGAAGAUCCGCACAGGGGUCCAGGAGCGCGUGAACCUGGCGCACCGGUUGCUGCCCGAGCUGCGGGACUGGGGUGCGGCGCUGGUCACGCUGCACGGCCGCUCCCGGGAGCAGCGCUACACCCGCCUGGCCGACUGGGCCUACAUCCAGCAGUGCGUGUCGGCCGCCAGCCCCAUGCCCCUGUUCGGGAACGGCGACAUCCUCUCCUACGAAGACGCCAACCGCGCCAUGCAGACCGGAGUGGCGGGCGUCAUGAUUGCCCGGGGCGCCCUGCUGAAGCCGUGGCUCUUCACGGAGAUCAAAGAGCAGCGGCACUGGGACAUCUCGUCCUCGGAGCGCCUGGACGUGCUGCGCGACUUCACGCACUUCGGCCUGGAGCACUGGGGCUCGGACACGCAGGGCGUGGAGAAGACGCGCCGCUUCCUGCUGGAGUGGCUGUCGUUCCUGUGCAGGUACGUGCCAGUGGGUCUCCUGGAGCGGCUUCCCCAGCGCAUCAACGAGCGGCCGCCCUACUACCUGGGCCGCGACUACCUGGAGACGCUCAUGGCCAGCCAGAAGGCAGCGGACUGGAUCCGGAUCAGCGAGAUGCUCCUGGGGCCGGUGCCCCCCAACUUUGUCUUCCUGCCGAAGCACAAGGCCAACGCCUACAAGUAGCCAUGAGGGCCUACGUCGCGAAGGGGUGCACGCCAGAAGCCCCCCCUAACCCCGCUGUCUGGCCCCGGGGCUGGGAAGCCAAUAAAUUUUAUUCUUGUAAAA